AUGGCCGCGUUCGAUGAUAGGCUUAACCUUCGUGAAAGAGGCGUUUCCAACAAUGAACCAACAAAUGUCGCGGGCAAGUGGAAGCAGUACGAGCGCGUCUUAGGCAAAGAGCCCCAGCAGCGCUGGGAAGAAUUUGAGAGAUCCUUAAAGCGAUGUGGUUAUCGCAUAUGUUCCGUUUGUGGUAGUGCGUACUGGAAGCUCCCUUUUCUAUAA